ACUGCGGGCGGUGAUCGAAACGAUCGCAAACCUUACUACCGCCGCAUUGACAAAACCGGCCCACGCAACGAUACAAGAGGCUAUAGAAAAUCGAACAACAAUGAUAAGUACAACAAACCCUACUCUGAUCGUGGCCGUAAUACACAAAAAAUGAUAGAGACAGCAGCAACGACCGCUAUCAACGCCGAUAUCAUGACAACCGCGAAGAUUACUACCGACCGGAAUAUCAAGAAGAUAGAAACAGACAACUCAACUACGGAAACAACGACAGAUACUCACAUGACAACCAGUGCUCUCAAGACCGAGAUAGCACCUAUCGAUCUCAAGACAACCGACGCCAUACAAGGGACGGCAGAAAAGACAAAGCAAUGUCAGCGCAAUUCAAUGACUUUCCUCGUUCUGACAGACGAAUUGCGUUUUCGGCUAUAG